AUGAAACUAAUAGUUCUAACAGUUUUGCUACUAAAUAUUUCAUUACUAGUAGUGGCACAAUACCAAGUCGUAAAUGGAAGACCAUUCCAAACAAAUCCACUCCAACAACAGCAACCUGGUCAAUAUCCAGGAGCUGGCUAUCCUCAACAACAAAUGCCAGGGCAACAACCACAACAAGGUCAAGGUCAAGGUCAAGGCCAACAACAACAACAACAACAAAAUACUCCAAAAUCAAGAGUAUCCAGUGCAGUCAGUAACAUUAAAAUGCAAUUGAAUAUGGUUAAUAGUUUUGGAAGCUUUUGUUGGGGUGAUAAUGGAUUCAAAGAUUGUAGUUUGAUUGACAGCGCCUCCAGAACCAUUCAAUCCAAUAUUAUGCAAUUGCAAAAUGAAGAAAAGGGUGGUUUUGAAGGUCAACCAGAAGAUUUCAAGAUUGUUAAGGAGAAACUUGUUCCACUUUCCACUGAACUUAUCACUGAUUUGCAAGCUAAGGAUUGGAAGAAGUAUCAAUCCACAUCCUCACAAAUUGAAGCAGCCCUUGCUAGCUUUAGAGGAAAUUACCAAGAAUCAAAUAACAAUAAUAACAAUGGCCAACAACAACAAGGAGGACAACCAGGUCAACCAGGUCAACAGCCACAACAAGGUCAACAACCAGGUCAACCAGGUCAACCAAGUCAACAACAAUUCUUGUCUGCUCCUCAAUAUGGUCAACAACAACAACAGUAUCCAAAUCAACAACAAUAUCCACAACAACAAUACUAUCCAAGUUCAAGUUACCCUUCACAACAACAAUAUCCAACUCAAUAUCCAGCCACUCAGCAACAAGGAUACCCACAAGGUUCAAACUAUCCUGCACAACAACAGUAUCCAACCCAACAACAACAAUAUCCAACUCAACAAGGUUAUCCUCAAGGUUCUACCUAUCCUGCACAACAACAACAAUAUCCAACUCAACAAGGAGGUUCUUAUCCAUACUAUAACCAACAACAACAAUAUCCACAACAAGGUUCUACCUAUCCAUAUAACUAUGGUCAGCAAUAUCCUUCCCAAGGUGGUAGCUAUCCUCAACAACAACAAUACCCACAACAAGGUUAUCCUUCACAACAAGGAUACGGAUACCCACAACAACAAGGUUAUGGCUAUCCUUCACAACAAGGUUAUCCUCAAGGUGGCGCCUCAACCUAUCCAUAUAACUACUAUCCACAACAAGGGUCCUAUCCAAACUCUGGUCAACAAGCUGCUGCCAAUGUUCAACCAACAAGCACAGCCUCCGACCAAUAA